AUGGCCGGCCCAGCAGCCAGCGCCCCAGCCCCAACCCUAGCGAAGGAAGCCGCGCGCCCCUGCCUCUCCCCAAGCCUGCCGCCGCCACCUGAUGUGGAGGAGCCACACACCCCUGCCUCGGCGUCCGUACCCCCGAUCUCGCAUCGGCCGCCGCGUGUCCCGGCCGUCACAUCAACGGCACAGACGCCAAGACCGCCUAGAACCCUAGCCCUCGCGCGCGCUAUAAAACAGGAGUCGCCGCUACCCUUGCCCGAUUCCCCAUCGGCGCCGCCAUCCUCGUCAUCUCGCCCGUCCCCACGUCCGAGCCACGCCGACCACCGCAUCCGCGACCCCGGCGCCGUACUCCGUAGCGCCUCCGGCUCCCAGCACUCCCGCAGCCACGACGUCGUGCUCGUGCCCCGUCGCCCCCGCGUCGUCCUCGCCAAGUCGAGCCACGGCCGCACCACCGUCCUCUUCCUCGUCGCGACGCCGAGCAGCAGCAGGACCGCGGCCGCGACCUCGCCCCGACGCACCCGCGACCAGCACCUGAACGUGCCCUGCUCCAAGCCACCGACGCCGCGCGCCAAGCCCCCCCUGCACCGCGAGCUCCUCGUCCACGACGUUGUGCUGCCCACGACGACGCUCUGCUCCGAGCUCCACCCUGCCACGUCAAGCCUCGCCCUCGCGCACUCAUCGCCGCCAAGCCCGAGCGUCGUCUCGACACGCAGACCCCUCCGUGGCCGGGAACGCGCCCUCGCCCCCGCGCACCUGCACCUCGGCUCGCCCCGGAGCCACGACGCCGCCUGUUGCCCCGUCGAGCCGGGCCACAGCCACGGCCGGUCGCGCGAACGGUACCAGCCGUCCUCGGCUGCGGACACGACCACGGCGCCCGAGUAUCUCAGCUGCUACACCAAGCCACCGCGGUGCCCUACUCCACCGUUGCAGCAGCAGUACCACCUCACACGGAGCUCCUUGCUGUCGCUGGCCAGGUCGCCCCAGUUGCCGCCUAGCCCAAGUCUUCGCGUCAGUCGCCGCCCAACCCAGGCCGCGUUCGUCGCCGUCGUCGUUCGGCUCCGACCACCUCCGUCCUCCUCCGAGAGAAGGUCCCCACGAGGGAAGGUCCACCUCCGUUCCCGCGCCGUGGCCGCGUACGUAGGGAAGGCGGGCGCGCACGGCAGCUGGAGGGACGGCGGGCACGCGCGGCAGCUGGAGGGCGGACGCGCGCGGUAG